UCUCGCCCAAGAAAGAAGGAAGUGUAUGGAAUCAGCUGGGUGUGAGCUGUGGACAAAUGCAGCCGGAUGAGAAGAGAGGAAGAGAAGGAGAGCUGGAGAAAGAAGAGAGGAGAGAAGCAGAGGAUGAACAGAAGAAAGAAGAGAAGAGAGAGCUCCUCGGAGAGGAGAAAGAGAGGAGAAGAGAAGCAGCGGACAUAGAGAAGAGAGAGAGGGGGAGAGAGGUGUUAGAGUUGAAGAGAGGAGAGGACGCAGGAGAAAGGAGAGGGGAGGAGGAAGAAGGAGGGAAGAGGAAGAGAGGAGAGGAGGAUGAAGAAAAGAGGAAGAGAGGAGAGGAGGAUGUAGAGAACAGGAGAGGAGAGGAUGAUGAAGAGAAGGGGAGGAGCGGAGGAGAGGAUGAAGAGAAGAGGAGAAGAGGAGAGGAUGAUACAUCCACUGGAAUCGGCAGCACGGACUCCGAGUGUGUGCCUCCUGAGGACUGGGGCUGGGAGUGCCUGGUGGUCCUGCGUGACCUGCUGACGGACCGGAGCGUAGUGGAGGCCAAGAGAGAACAGCAGCGCACCCUACAGGUGUGGAGAGGCAUGAACACUGUGGAGGUAGAGCAGCAGCAGCGCUCCCUACUGGUGUGGAGAGGCGUCAACACUGUCGGGGGGCAGCAGUGGGGCGGUUACCCCACCUUAUGGAUUAAAGAUGUCCAGGAGACGGUGCGGCGAGCAGCCUGGGACCACUUCCCCUCCCUGCCACCAGAGGGCGCCACACAACAGGAGCUGCACACCUACCUCCACCUCAUACAGGAAGUGCUGACGGGGGAGCUGCUGCGAUUGGCUCCCCUGCUCAGGGAGGCGGGACUUCUGGCUGCUGUGAUUGACAGCUACCACGUCCAUACAAUGAGCCAGCUGGAGCGGCUGCUGCAGAGAGAACUGGACUCAGAUCAGCUGUUCAUACUGCUGAGGUGGACACUCAAGACAUACCUGAGCACUGUGCUGGCUCAUCCUGAUAUUGCUGCUGACGUGGCUGACGUGUCCGUUCUGGACGUGAUGCGACUGGGGGAGUGGCUACACAACGCCAAGAGCAAAACACUAGACACCACACAGGAGUAUGUUGAGCGUUUUCUGGAGCGUGUGCUGGACAAGGAGGAAGAGGAGGGACUGUCAUGUGACCAGGGUGAUGAGGAGGCCUUCAUCAGGAUACACCAGGAUGUCACACAGUGUCUGGGUGAUGUAUCUGAGAAGGCUGCUGACGUCAGUCCUUUCAUGAAGAGGGACGUGAACACUGUGUGUUUGAUUCAGCUCUACUCCUUCACACUAAGGUUUGCAGCGCUGGAGGUAAAGCGCAUGAAGCGCAUGACGGGUGCGGAAGACGGAAGGAUAAGGAACCUGUUCAGAACCCUCAGAACUCUCAGGUGA